AUGUCCAAAGACGAUGAUAUUUAUUUAGCUGAGAAGGAGCAACAAGAGAAAGCAGGAAUGUGUGCUUGCCGAUGCUCAAAUUGUGAGCCGGAAGCAAGCAGGCAGUUGGCUUUACGGAUGAAAUGGAUCACCAACAACAACUUCGAUGCUGGUCUUCAAGAUCCCAUCUCGUUGCCAAACUCAAAAUCUGCGCGCAUAGUUCUGGAAGCAUGUGAUGAUGCAUCCAAUCAAAUUGAUUUGGAUGCACCGAUCAUCAAUCAAAAACGUAAUGUUCCGCCUCCUCGCAAGGCUGAAUUGAAUCAAUUGGCCAAACAACUAUCUGGUAUAAUCUUCUUGCACCAUAAGGAAUUAAUGGGAGAUUCUGAUCGGCUAAGAGCUUCAGCUUAUCUUGACGAGAACGAUAUCUGGCGAGUUUUGGAUAAGAUACAUACCAUCAAGACCGAGAACGACGUGUAUGGUAUUCUGGGCUGUGAUAUUUUACCAGGAGGUGUGGCUAAGUUAUUUAUUCAUAUUCAAGAUUGGAAGAUGGGAACCAAUGGUUCUGAAGCCUUGGCUGCAAUCCGCGCUAGGGAGGCAGAAACCAGAGUGAUGCAGGCGAUCACUUUGGCUAGGCUUACUAAACAACACGAAGAACGUGAAGCAAGGCUGAAAGAGGCGCGUGAUCUAACCGAGAAAAAAAGGAGGCAAAGCAAGCUAGACAACCUUGCUGAAGUGGAAGCGAAGAGACAACGCAAAGAAAACAAGGAUGCAAAAAAAAAGGCUGCAGAUCGACUAAAAGCUGAGAAAGAAGCCCAACGAGUUGUUAAUCUGCGAAUGCUCACUAGUUUGAAAACUGGUCAAACCAUGUCAGCCUAA